AUGGUUAUAAAUGUUGGCGGUAUCCUACGCCCAUACGGUUCAGCUCUUUGGCCGAUGCUUGGAUUAGAGUGCUGUAGCCCUUUGGCCGAUGUUUGGAUUCGAGUGCUGUGGGUAAAUCGCUAUGACUCGUUACAUGGCUCUUAG